AUGGAAAAUGGAUUGAAUUAAGUGAUAAAUUCUAUGAGUAUUUAUGUUACAAAUAUCAAUAUUAGUUAUGGUUAAGUAAUUUUAAUAGGUGAAUAUAAAAAAGGUUAAAAGAUAGGUAGAUGGAAUUUUAAUUAUAAUAAUAAUUAGAUGUAAAUUAUUUAUAUUAAAAAUACUAUUUAGUGGUGGUGGAAAUUAUGAUGAAUAAGGUUAUAAAAAUGGUAAAUGGAUAGAUAUAAAUGAUAAUUAUUAUGGGUAUUUUGAUUCACAAUAUAUAAAUAUUUAAAUAGAUGGGGUUAAAUCACUUAUUAAGGUGUUUAUAAAAAUGGAUUAAAAAUAGGUUUAUGGGAAAUCAAUUUUCGUGAUAGUAGUGAAAGUCCUUUUGUAAAAAUGUAUAUAUAUAAGAUUAUAUAAGUGGUGGAGGAUAAUAUGAUCAAUUAGGAAUUAAAAAUGGGAUAUGGAUUGAUAUAAGUGAAUCUUUUGAUUGGUAAUUAAAAAUAAGAAAUUAUAAUUUUAGUGAUAAUUAAGUAUCUUAUGUUGGGGAAUAUAAGUUUGGUAAGAAAUAAGGAGAGUGGGAAAUUUAUUAUUAAAAAAAAUAUGGAAAUAGAAGUAAAGAUAAAAUGUAAUAAAUAAAUAAUUAUAUAGUGGAGGAGGUUUCUAUAAUGAAUUAGGUUUAAAGGAAGGUAAAUGGAUGGAUUUAAAUAAUAAAUUUUAUUGGUAUUUAUUUUACAACAAUCAUUUAAAAUAGUUUGAAUUAAAUUAUUUAUAAUGGCGAAUAUAAGAAAGGAAAAAAAGUUGGAAAUUGGGAUAUUAAUUACAGAAUGUAUGGACGAGAAAAUUUUGAUAAAAUGUAAGAAAUAAAAAUAAUUAUAAAAUUAGACAUUCUGGAUUGUAUAAUAAUCAAAAUUUAAAACAUGAUUAUUGGAUAGAAGAGAGUGAUAUAUUUAAUGAGUAUUAUGAAUUAAAAUAAAAUAUUAGUGAUAAUUAAGUCAAAUAUAAAGGUUAAUAUUUAAAUGGUAGAAAAAUUGGUAGAUGGGAUAUUAUUAAUAAUAAUGAAUUAAUGUAAAUAUUGUAAUAGAAUAAUUUAGUGGUGGAGGAAAUUUCGAUCAUUCAAAUUUGAAAACUGGAAAAUGGAUAGAAUUAAGCGAUGAUUUUAGAUAGUAAUUAUCAGUAUUUAUAUUAACUAGUAAAGAGCAAACUAUUUUCGAAGGAGAAUACAUUUAAGGAUAAAAAAUUGGAAAAUGGAUUAGGAUGUGUAGGUAGUGGAUUUAUGGAUUAGAUGAGUUAGAGGGGGAAUUUCAAUUUAUGUAUUAGAUUUUAAUAUAUUAUCUUAGGGGAGAAAAUUAAUAUGAUUGA